UUAAACAGCUUCUGGUAUGUUCAUUUAACCUUCAAAUCCAUCCAAAACAGCCACUCCUUGCUGUCUUCAAUCCUCAAACAAUAAUCCAAUCCUUUUCACAUGCUUAAUUAUAAACCUUUCACUUAUCAGCUGCACUAACUAAAGUUCCAAGCUUGCUCCUUCCAAAAAAAAAAAAAAAAAGAAGAAAGAAAGAAAGUUCCAAGCUUGUCCAGAGCUGAAUGCAACAAGGGUUCCAUUUGUUGGCCAUUGAUUUUGACAGAAGAAAACAACAUAGACUCAGUGUUAGUCUGCAGCUAAUUGUGUUCACCUGCAAGAAAUUCAGGCUGAAGGUUGAGGCAUAAUUAUCAUGGAUCUUGAAUUUGGGAAGACCUUGGAUGCUUCAAAGAAGGGUUCUUGGAAGACCGCAUCGCUUUUAGCAUAUCAAAGCCUGGGUGUGGUUUAUGGCGACCUAAGUACCUCCCCUCUUUAUGUCUACAAGAGCACAUUUGCUGAAGACAUCCAACAUUCAGAAACAAAUGAAGAGAUUUAUGGCGUUCUAUCCUUCGUCUUCUGGACUCUUACUUUACUCCCUUUAUUCAAGUACGUGUUUGUGGUUCUUCGAGCAGAUGACAAUGGAGAGGGAGGUACUUUUGCAUUGUAUUCUCUUAUAUGCCGACAUGCAAGAGUUAGCCUUCUGCCCAACAGACAGGUUGCUGAUGAAGCACUCUCUACAUAUAAACUUGAGCACCCUCCAGAGAAAAAGAGCAGCUCAAGAGUAAAAAUGUACCUUGAGAAGCACAAGGUCUUGCACACGGCUUUGUUAAUCUUGGUUCUCCUUGGUACUUGUAUGGUAAUUGGAGACGGAGUUCUCACUCCAGCAAUUUCUGUUUUCUCUGCUGUGUCUGGCCUUGAGUUAUCCAUGUCUAAGGAACAUCACCAGUAUGCCGUUAUUCCAAUCACUUGCUUUAUUUUGGUGUGUCUUUUUGCACUUCAACACUAUGGUACACAUCGGGUGGGAUUUUUCUUUGCUCCAAUUGUGUUAACAUGGCUACUAUGCAUCAGUGCCCUUGGCUUAUACAAUAUAAUCCACUGGAACCCGCAUGUCUAUCAAGCUCUUUCUCCAUAUUACAUGUUCAAGUUCUUGAAGAAGACAAGGAAAGGUGGAUGGAUGUCUUUGGGAGGCAUACUGCUAUGCAUAACAGGCUCAGAGGCAAUGUUUGCUGAUCUUGGUCACUUCUCUUAUGCUGCAAUUCAGACUGCUUUUACCUUUCUGGUUUAUCCCGCCCUUAUAUUGGCAUAUAUGGGCCAAGCUGCCUACUUGUCUCAACAUCAUCCUACGAGUUACCAGAUCAGUUUCUAUGUCUCGGUUCCAGAAAGUGUGAGAUGGCCUGUGCUGGUGGUGGCGAUUCUCGCUUCUGUUGUGGGAAGCCAAGCAAUUAUUAGUGGAACAUUCUCGAUCAUCAACCAGAGCCAAUCACUUGGCUGUUUUCCUAGAGUCAAGGUUAUUCACACCUCUGACAAGAUACAUGGCCAGAUUUAUAUCCCUGAAAUCAAUUGGGUGCUCAUGAUCCUCUGUAUUGCUGUGACUAUUGGAUUUAGAGACACAAAACACAUGGGGAAUGCAUCAGGAUUAGCAGUGAUGACUGUGAUGUUAGUGACGACGUGCCUCACUUCCCUGGUUAUCAUCCUGUGUUGGAACAAACCUCCUCUUGUAGCUCUUUCCUUUCUUCUGUUCUUUGGUUCUGUUGAGUUGCUUUACUUUUCAGCUUCACUCACCAAGUUCACAGAAGGUGCUUGGCUCCCUAUUCUCCUGGCCCUUUUCCUCAUGACAAUCAUGUUUGUAUGGCAUUAUGCCACCAUCAAGAAAUAUGAGUUUGAUCUCCACAAUAAGGUAUCACUAGAAUGGCUUUUAGCAUUGGGUCCAAGCUUAGGAAUCGUUCGAGUACCAGGCAUAGGCUUAGUUUUUACUGAUCUCACCUCGGGAAUCCCUGCUAACUUUUCUCGUUUUGUCACUAACCUUCCUGCCUUCCACCGUGUCCUCGUCUUUGUGUGUGUGAAAUCAGUACCUGUCCCCUAUGUGCCCCUGGCUGAGCGUUAUCUUGUAGGCCGUGUAGGUCCUGCAGCUCAUCGGUCUUAUAGGUGCAUUGUUCGUUAUGGAUACCGAGAUGUACACCAGGAAGUUGACUCUUUUGAAUCGGAACUAAUAGCCAAACUGGCUGAUUUCAUCCGCUAUGAUUGGUAUCGAAGACAGCAGACUAAUCCCUAUACUGAUGAUGAUGCUUCCCACUCCAAUGAAUCAUCCAGUGAAUGUAGGUUGGCUGUGAUCGGGACAGUAGCAUUUUCUGGCACACCAGGUUAUGAGAUUGAGGAAAGUGUGCAACCAGAAAGUGUCUCUGGUGGAUUCUCAACAGUAGAGAGCGUAACAGAUGUCAUCGAAAUGGAGCCUGUGGGUGCUGUCCAAAGAAGAGUUAGGUUUGCCAUUGAUGAUGACUCUGAAUCUGACACGCGGACUGAUAUGGAGGUGCACUUGCGAGAAGAGCUAGAAGAUCUGUUGGCAGCCCAGGAAGCUGGGACUGCAUUCAUACUUGGGCACUCACAUGUUCGAGCAAAGCAGGGAUCUUCUGUUUUAAAGAGAUUGGCCAUUAACUUUGGCUACAAUUUCUUGAGAAGGAAUUGCCGGGGACCAGAUGUGACACUCAAGGUGCCACCAGUAUCUUUGUUAGAGGUUGGCAUGGUUUAUGUCGUGUAA